AUGUCCGACGAGUUUCCCCUCCCCGAGCCACCGAGCCGUAACCGCAACGUGUACGCUGUCGAGCUCGUCUCUGGCUCGUUUGGCGGUGCUGCCCAGGUCAUUGUUGGCCAGCCCCUCGACACGCUCAAAACUCGAGCGCAGACAGCGCCAGCGGGCAAGUUUAAGAAUACGUGGGAUAUCCUCAGGCAGACGGUGCGCAAGGAGGGCGUGUUGGCGCUGUAUAAGGGCAUGAUGUCUCCUCUCAUGGGUGUGGCCGCCGUCAACUCGCUCCUCUUCACUGCGUAUGGUACCGCCCGCCGUAUCGUCUCGCCUUACCCCGACCUCUCGAUUCCACAGGUCAUGCUUGCUGGAUCUAUGGCUGGUGCGGCUAAUGCCAUCCUCGCAGCGCCGGUGGAGAUGUUCAAGAUCCGCAUGCAGGGGCAGUAUGGUGGGGCUGGGGACAAGAAACUGAGUGCGGUUGUUCGCGACAUGUGGCAGCAGUAUGGGUUCCGGAACGGCAUUAUGCGGGGAUACUGGAUCACGUUCAUCAAGGAGAUGCCGGCGUACGCUGGAUUUUACGGGUGCUACGAGGUGGUCAAGCGGUUCUGGGGCCGGCGAUACGGUGGCGUCGAGCACGUCCCCAUCUGGGCUCUGCUCACGUCCGGCGCUUGCGGCGGUGUCGGGUACUGGCUCGCAUCGUACCCGCUCGACAUUGCUAAGAGCCGUAUCCAGCUGGCCGACAAGCCGCCGAUGAAGGGUCACUGGAUGCGGGGUGGAUAUGUCGUGCACGAGCUCAAGGCGAUUGUGGCUGAGGGCGGUUUCAAGGCGCUCUUCCGCGGUAUCGGGCCAAGUCUCGUGCGCGCGGUCCCCGCCGCCGGUUCGACGUUCGUCGCGUUCGAGGUCACGCGCGACUACAUUACACGCAAUGGCAUCCUCUAG